GAUUGCUGCGAUAUUGAAUGGAGGAAUCGUGAUGUUUCCACUGGUGAUAACAGCUAGCUUCCGGUGAUUUUAUUUGAAGAAGGGUCUUCCCGUGGAAAGUCACGUUUUAACUCGUGACUGAUCAAACUUCGAAUGUAUAAAAGCAGGUGCAUUAUUAUGGGGACCAUUGUAAUGGUGUUUGUUGAAACAACCUCAUCAUGGUACGAUUCAUCUUCGUAGCCUCACUGGUCUCCCUUAGCUGUGCUAAUGCAAACCCCCCAAAUGUGAACGUCGACAAGGUGGACCAGGUGGAGCCGCCAUCCUGUCCUCCAAACUCAUUCUAUUCUUUCUGGACAUGUCUGAGCCCUGUGUCCAACAACAUGUCUUGCUAUCAACCCUGCAUUCCGAUCUUCCAUCCUGGCUGCAUGUGUGCACCGGGUUACACCUUAGAUGCGACCCACAACUGUGUUCCCAUACCUCUGUGUCCUCAUUUGGAAAGCGACCAUCAGCAAUCCAGUUCUGGGGAGACAGUUCUGCCUCUUGAGAGCAAACCCGUUAAGGUGGAUCUCCCCCAGGAAGUGGAAUUAAAGGUUGGUGGGGCAGGACAGGAGCCGUUACAGAGCAGGGAGAUCGCUGCUGGGACAGAUGAGCCCACAACUGACCAGCAACCUUCACUUAUAACUGAUAGGCUCUAUCACCCUGAAGAUGACCUCCACGCUCUUCUUUCUAACGCAUUGAGGCCAGACGAUGUGAUGAUGAGGAAGAGAGAGUAUCGAUCACAUGCCAAGCAGCAACACCCUCUCAAUAUCCUGAAGAUCCUGGACGAUGAAUCUCAAAAGCGUGAGGUGACCGACUCGAACAUUCAUGAGGACCAUCAAAUUGUAGAAGCUCCAGUAGCCGAUGUAGAGGCUUUACCUGCUGAGGAUGAUGAGGUAAUGGAAGAGGGCAAAUCGUGUGUCCUGAAAUUUCCGAAUGGCUGGUUGUGCGGGUUGACGAGUAAGCAGCUGAGUCAGCUGAUGGGAUGGGACCACAAUUACCUGAAGCAAUUCCAAAGUAAAUACGAACAUGAGCUGCCUACGCUGGAAAAAUGACCUGAAUGGGGAAUUAAUAAAAUAGCCAAAUUGUGAAUAAUCACCCAAAUUCAUUUCUCAUGUUGUGAUGAUUGAUAAAUAAAUAAUUCGUACGUAGAUAGCCGACUAGUGAUUGAUUUUCGUGAAAUGAACUAAUUGUGUCGUUUGUAGUGUGUUUGUAUCGGUUUGUACUGAUCUUAAAAUGGUUCAGUUGUCUUUCAUUAAUUUUUAAAUAAAUAGUAUAAGUAGUGACCUCUGUGUGCCACAGGCGGACGUCUCAUGCCGACUAUCGAAAUACGAAUAAUUUUGAUCAACUCACUAGGAUUCGAUUGUGAAUUAUUCUUGAACAGAAAUCGCCAAAUAUUGUUAAAAUCAAUAAUAAAAAUAACGUGCACAAUUUAAAACAA